AUAAUUUUACAGAUACAUGUACUGUAAAUGACAUCAUGAACCGUCUUGUGGUUCGUACCUUGUCAAAGAAUAGAUUAUGUAUACUUCUUCACCUGCCAUAUCAAACAAAACGCUUUGAUCGAUCAUCAAAUGAGACUGUGGAAGCAUUUGUCAACAGGAUAAAAUCAAAAUUACCCACUGAAGUUAAAACAGUAGCUCUCACUGACUGUAGAGGAACUACUGUUAAGAAAACUGUCGAGUUGUGUGAUGCUCUAAUCCCAACCAACCAAUUCGUUUGUAAUGACAUUGUUUAUGAGAUUUUGGUUGAUCCUCCUACUAUCGAAUCUCUAAAGAUUCCCAAUACACCAGUCGCAGGUCUGGCGAUCUCCCCCACAGUCAAAUUGAUAGAUUUGACCUUAAAUGACCUCACUUAUACUUGGGAGACUAAAGCUAAAGACAGUGAUUCAUGGGAACAAAUCUCAACUUCAGAGGUGCUAUUGCUGUAUCAAAAGCUGGUCGGAAAUGUUAUACGACUUUCGAGUAAAGCUGUGGGAGUAGAGACAGUUUUUUCUAAUGUUAUUGGUCCAGUAAUUGACGAUAAAGAUACCAACAUAUUGCUCUCAAGAGCUGUUCCAAUAGAAUAUGGUUAUACAAGACUUAUGUCCUACAACAUUUUGGCUGAUGUUUUUAUGGAAUCUAAGACAAAGCCAAUCACAAACCAUUUUCCUUACUGUUCAAAGAAGUACCAGGCCAGGGAAUACAGAGAGCCAAGAAUUGUGGCUGAAGUUUGGGCUCACAAUCCUCACCUGCUCUGUUUGCAAGAAGUUGAAGAUAAAACAUUUAGCAAAUAUCUGGUGCCAAUGUUGCAGUCGUACCAGGGACACAUUACAGUGAAAAAAGGAAGAUUCAAAGCUGGUUGUGCUAUUUUCUUUAAACUUGACCAGUAUGAAGAAUGCCAGUAUGAAAGUUUCCCUUUACCAGAUUUGUAUCAAGAAAACUCUCAAAUGUUGGACUUGAUCGACCUUGGUAACCAAAUGAACAGCAAAUUUCCAGAAACCUGGAGAGACAUAUCAAUCAGAUCGAUCAUGUCACAGAUAGUCGUUUUAAAAAACAAAGAAUCCAAGAAACUAGUAAUAGUUGGCAACACACAUCUGUACUGGAAUCCUAAAUACCACAUAAUAGCACUGUUCCACAUACAUGCCCUCUGUAGCAAGAUCCAGGCUGUUAGGAAGGUUUAUCAGAAGCAGGGGGAGGGUGUCAGUGUGGUUAUUUGUGGUGAUAUGAACUCUCAGACAACCAGUUUAGUUCAUGCUUAUCUCACUGAUGGAGUGGUCUCGCAGGUCGAGAAUGGGGACGAAUUGCAAAACUUCUUGCAUAAAAAUGUUCGGAAUCCUUUAAAACUUACUCUGGCCCGGGGUGAACCAAACUACACAAACUAUACUGCUGACUUUAAAGACGUUAUAGAUUAUAUCGUGUGUGAUGAAAAUUCAACGGUUGGCCACGUGACUCCAUCUCCAAAUCUGUCUGAUCUGGAGGAAAGUGAGGGAUGUCCUAGUGCUAUAUUCCCCUCUGAUCAUCUUCCCAUUAUAUCUGAUAUCUUACUUGCAGAUACUGUUUAGAUCUUAACAACUUUUAGCACUUUCUGUGAAAUAUUAAUUCCAUCUUUGACCGUGUAUGGACUAUUUUGUUGAAUUUGUAAAUUCGGGGAUUAGUUAUUAUUGAUAUUAUUCAGUAUGAUAUCAUAUUACAAACAGUUUUGUUUUAUUAAGUAAACAAUUAAAUGUGAUUUACAUUAUUAAUAAUUGAUGUGCUUUGGUUACGUGGUGUGAAUAUUAGUAAGUUUUAAUUUUAUAUACAGGGUGGCCCAUAAGUGACUACCCACACGCAACCUCUUAAUAACUCACGUAAUUCGUCUCCAAAUUGCACCAAAAUUUCAGAGAUUAUAGAUAUGGGUCAAACUUAGAUUUCCUGAAAGUUUCGUAAGCCACGCCCAAUUACAGUGGGCGUGGCGUGACACUCCCUCUUUUUCACUAUUGUCUUCAUAAAAUGAGAACGCUUUAAGCUAAGAACUCCAAAUUUUUUGCACACAUUUGGCUUGAUAAUUGAAAACCUUUCCCAAAGUUUCAAGUUCAUUGGUUAAAAUAUGGCUAAGUUAUGACCAUUUCAAAACUCAUCGGAUACGUGAUCCGAGCACUCAGU